UUGUUUUUCACGCGCAGGAACAGGAAGACGAAGAAGAAAGAUUGAACGCAAGAUUUUCAUCAUGAUCGGAUUAGUGUCUAUUCAUUCAUUUCUGAUCAAGCGCAUGAUGGCAGCCGCCGAAGAAAUAUUCGACGCUGUCAAAGACAAUGUUAUUGAGUAUCAGCAGGAGAUAGAGCGCCUAAAGCAGGAGAACUGUUGUCUGAGGAACACACUGGCUCACACCAGGAACUGGAGCCGUGCAGAAACACACAAUGAUGCUCAGAGCACCAAUGCAGAUGGAGUUCUGCAAGGUCCAUUGGAUUCAGAACUCUCAGAAAUACGAGUGAAGAUGGAGGUUGCCAAAGUGGUGUCUCAUGAGCCUAUGAGUCAAGCUUCAACCAUCACCUCUGUCCACUCAGAAGGUCAGGAACCCACCCAGUUCCUCUUACACCAGCCAGAAGUACUGGUGAAGACUGAAGAUGGUGGUGGUUUCGAUAUGCAAUCAUCAGUCGCAGUUAAAUCAGAUCUGUGGGUUCAAGCCAGUAAUUCAAACUCAUCUUUAGAACAACGUGGCUAUAUCAGUGAUGGUCACCUUGACCUUCCAACAGCUGAACAAGACCUGCACUCUCGCGAUGAGGUGUCGCAAAAAGCACUGCAAAGUCACGAGGACACAUUCAUUUGCAAGAUUUGCAGCAAGUCUUUUUGCAACAAUGGACGCUUGCGAAAACAUAUGGUAGUUCACCAGAGCGAGAGACCUUUCUGCUGUGAUUCCUGUGGAAGGCGCUUUAAAUCGAAAACACACUUGAAAGAACACGAGAGACUCCAUACAGAAAGACAAGCAGAGGAUCAGAACUCCAUUGAAGAACCACCGGACUCACAGCUCUCCCAAAUGCAAAUAAUGCUGAUGCCAGACAGCAUAAACAUGGACAGAAACCCACAGCACUCAUUGAGUGUUUCACCUACUUCUUAUGAACUAAGUUUAAACAGAACCUCAGUUAAGAGAGAAAAGGUGGCAGAUCUAAGCAUGAACUUGAUGGAACAAGUUAUAACAGAUUAUUUUAAGACAAAGAUUAUCUGUUCUAAUAUCUCAGCUCCAAAUAAAAGUGUUAGUGACCAGGUGAUAAUUGUACACGAUGAACCAAGCCCCCAUCCCAUUUCUGAUCGUGAACAAACAAUUGAGGGGAUAUCGCACCUGAAUUUGGACCUACAAAGUCAAGACACUGAGAAAUUUCCUUUCCGAUGUGAAAUAUGUGACAGGCCAUUUAAACGUUACCAGAGCCUAAAGGUCCAUAUGUGUGUGCACCAACGAAUUAGAAACUACCACUGUAGGGUGUGUGGUAGGGGAUUCUAUAAGGGCUGUCAUCUCAGAGAGCAUUUGAGAAUUCACACUGGUGAAAAACCAUACGGAUGCAAAAAAUGUGGGAAAUGCUUUGUUCAAUGGAAUCAGGCAAGGGCACACAUAAUUAAAAAUCAUGGAGGAGAUAUGUCACAGUUAUCAAAGAAAAAGGCCUAAAGCUGUUAAGUUUGCUGUCAUUAUCACUUCUUUGGCUGAGUAAUUAGAAUAGUAAUGCUGGUUUUGAAUUUCAAAUUUGCAUACCAAAUUAUCCAUAUUUGACAUGUUCAAAGAAAUCAUUCUGAAACUGAGACUUUUCUAAAACAGGUUCUGUGGGAUGUUUUUGCUGGGAAUGCACUUGCUGUUCACUGCUUUUUACAUCUCAUGUCUGCCAGUUAUGUUGAUUGCAUGGGCCAAAGUGGUAACAGUUAAGAUGUUCGGUGCUUUAAUCGACCCUUUACACAGUUCCAGGUUUGGAACAUGGAAAUAAACAAUAAUGGAGUGAAUCUCUAUAUACAGGUGCAUCUCAAUAAAUUAGAAUGUCGUGGAAAAGUUCAUUUAUUUCAGUAAUUCAACUCAAAUUGUGAAACUCGUGUAUUAAAUAAAUUCAGUGCACACAGACUGAA